CGCGGCCGGGAGGAGCGCAGACGGCGGCGGGCGCGGGCCAGAGUCCGAGGCUGCGCGGGCCCGGCCACCUGGGCUGGCAGCGACUGCGCCGCGCUCCCCCUCCCGCCGCCUCCCCCGAGGAGCCGGCGCCGAGCCGAGCGGGCGGGCGCGCGCGUCCAGGCCGGAGCAGCAGCGUCCCGCGGGAGGCGAGGCGCGCAGCGUCGCCGGCCCCACCUGUAGGCGCGGCAGCCACCGGCACCGGCACGGGCAGCGGCGGCCCAGCGCGGGCAGCCCAGGGGCGCGGCGGGCCCGGACCUCGUCCCGGCCGCGGCGGCGGAGGCGCGGGCUGCUGGGAGCGAGGAGGCCGGCACCGUCCGGGGGGGACCGGCCCGCCAGCCCCGGGCCGCGCAAGUUCGAUCUCCGCGGGCUCGGCCGGGCCGCGCGGGCCCCGGCAGCGGCGAUGGUGCGGCAGCCCCGCGCCCGGCGCGCAGACCCGGCCCCGAGCCUGGCCCGCCGCGGCGGCGGUGGCGGCGGCGGCGCGGCGGCCCCCUGAGCCCCGGGCCGGAGCGAGCGCGGGCGGCGGAGGCGGCGGCGGCGGCGGCGGCGGCGGAGGAGGAGGAGGAGGAGGAAGAAGAGGAGGAGGAGGAGGAGGAGGAAGGCGACACCGAGCAGCGGGCGGUGGGGGGGCGACAGGCGGAGGAGGGGGCCGGGGCCGCGCCGGACCCCCCCGCGCCGCCCGGCCGUUGCGCAAUCCGCGGCCCGCCGUCCGGGCCCUGCUGGCGGUGCGGCUCCGGGGGCGGCGCCGGGGCUGAUUCAUGGGGCCGCGGCGGCCGCCCCCCCGCGCCCGGGCCCCCGGCGCCCCGCAGCCAGCGAUGGUGGCCGAGUGGUCGGAGCGGCGGCCGCCGCGGCCGGAGACUUUCUGCUAACCUCCCCGCCCCCGCCCGCCCCUCCCCGGCGCCCCCUCCCCCCGCCCGCUCCCCUCCCCCCUGCCCAAAAAGACACAAAUCGCCUCCCGGAGUGGCGCCUCCAGUCGCGGCGGAGCGCGGCGUUGGCGGCGGAUGGAGGGCGCGAGCGGGCGGCCGCGGAGGCUGCACCCGGCGGGGCGCUGAUGCGGCGCCUGGACCUUAGCUGCGCGACUUCGGGGGCGUCGGCCGAGUUGGGACUCCGCGAUGCAGCUCCUGAAGGCUCUCUGGGCACUGGCAGGGGCCGCGCUCUGCUGCUUCCUGGUCCUGGUGAUCCACGCGCAGUUCCUCAAAGAAGGUCAGCUGGCCGCCGGCACCUGUGAGAUUGUGACCCUGGACCGGGACAGCAGCCAGCCUCGGAGGACGAUCGCCCGGCAGACCGCCCGCUGUGCGUGUAGAAAGGGGCAGAUCGCCGGCACCACAAGAGCCCGGCCCGCCUGUGUGGACGCAAGAAUUAUCAAGACCAAGCAGUGGUGUGACAUGCUUCCGUGUCUGGAGGGGGAAGGCUGCGACUUGCUAAUCAACCGGUCAGGCUGGACGUGCACGCAGCCCGGCGGGAGGAUAAAGACCACUACGGUCUCCUGACAAACACAGCCCCUGAGGGGCCCCGGGAGUGGCCUUGGCUCCCCUGGAGAGCCCACGCCUCAGCCACAGUUCUCUGCCCGCCUCGGACUUCGCCCAUUCUCUGCCGCCCGCCCACUCCGUUUCCCUGUGGUCCGUGAAGGACGGCCUCAGGCCUCAGCAUCCUGAGCUUCGGUCUGUCCAGCCGACCUGAGGAGGCCGGACUGGACACACAGGCGCGGGGCGGCACCGGGCAUCAGCAAUACGCAGUCUGUGGGAGCCCGGCCGCGCCCAGCCCCCGCCGACCGUGGCGUUGGCCCUGCUGUCCUUGGAGGAGGAGGAGGAGGAGGAGGCUCCAGCAGCCCAGCCCGCCUGAGACACGACGCCCGCCCCAGGGGACUGUCAGGCGUAGAAGUGGCCUCCUCCCGUGCCCCAGACUGUCCGAAUUGCUUUUAUUUUCUUAUACUUUCAGUAUACUCCAUAGACCAAAGAGCAAAAUCUAUCUGAACGUGGACGCACCCUCACUGUCAGGAUCCCUGGGGUCGCUUGUGGGGACGGGAGGGCAUGGUGGCAGAUACAUGCUGGUGGCCCUGGCGGAGCGGAGAGGGCGGCCGUGGUGGAGGCCUCCACCCCAGGAGCACCCCGGCGCACCCUAGGAGGAUGGGCUUUGGCUGCGCGGAGGCCAUGGCACACUCGCGGGAGGCAGCCGGGGCGCGACCGGCGAUGGCCCCCACGCAGACGCCGAGAGCCCCCGGGAACACAGGCCGCUUGAUUCCUCUGUACUUAGAUCGACUUUACCGUACUAAAAUCACUUUCUGUUUUAACCAGUUAAACAUGCCUCUUCUACAGCUCCAUUUUUGAUAGUUGGAUAAUCCAGUAUCUGCCAAGAGCAUGUUGAGUCUCCCGUGACUGCUGCCUCAUCGAUACUCCAUUUAGCUCCAGAAAGCAAAGAAAACUCGAGUAACACUUGUUUGAAAGAGAUCAUUAAAUGUAUUUUGCAAAGCCUAAAGUUAUAUAUUUAACAGUUUUUAUAUGUUGUAUAUUUGUAGAAAAUCCUAUUUAACAAUACGUGGCAGUCCCGGCCGUCCUGAGAGUCGGGCCGAGCCCCGUGUGUUUCUGAAGACUCUGGGGGUGGGACAUGGCGGGGAGGUGGCGCCCCUCAGACCCUGGGGUGCCAGGCGGGGAAGGCGGGCCUCUGGGAGAAGCGUGCGGAGGACCGUGGCAUCGGUGUCCCAGGGGCAUCGGUCGUGCCCGGGGAGGCCGGGUUCCCUUUGCUGCGGGCCAGGUUUGGUGGCUCUUGAUUCCCCCUUUGGUCUCUGUGUUGGUCAACACUGAGUGUACAAUAUUUUGAACAUGCUUCUUCCAAUGGGUUUUGUUUCCCGUUUCCUGCCCUUUUCGCCACUCACGGACCUUGAGGCCAGUUGGCGGCCCUUCUCCCCACGUCUGUGUCCCCGCAUUCUGAGAAGUCCUCCGUCUUUGUGUCAGUAGGUCCAGAAAGCCGCGCUGGGCAGAGGCACAGGCGGGGCCAGCAGGGCCGAGGAAUAAGGGACAGUUGUGUUUUUUCUCUCCUGGCCGUCGUACGCCAGCCUCCUUCAUUUUCCUGAGUUCCCGCUGAAGUAUAUACUACCUACAAGUCCAAUUAACAUGAGUAUUAUGCUAGUUCUAUCCUACUAAAAAAAACGUAAAAAGAUAACUAUAUAGAAGCUGUUCCAGCAACCAUAGACUAAAGAUACGAAAGAAAAUCCAUUUAUUUAAGACCGGUUCCAGUAUCCAUGAGGACUUAAUUUACCUUUCAGUCACCACAAAUUUAUAGGCAUUAGUAUCCUGGACUAAAAGAAGGGGCUGAGGUUGGGUUUGUCAUCACAGAGGGGGCCCACCCUUCCCGAGCUGCCCCGGCUCCGGCGGCCCGGGCCGCAGCCUCUGCCAGCUAGCGUCCUCACGGCCUCCCCCUCGCCUGUUCCUUUUGAAAGCAAGUGUAGACACCGUCGAGGGCAGAGAUCGGGAGAUUUAAGAUGUUACAGCAUUUUUUUUUUCUUGUUUUACAGUAUUCAAUUUUGUGUUGAUUCAGCUAAAUUAUGAAAAAUAAAGAAAAACUCCUUUGAUAA